AUGGCCCAAUAUAAUCAUUUUAAAUCAUUAUAUCCAGAUGCUAUUUUAUUAUUUAAAUUGGGUGAUUUUUAUGAAUUAUUUAAUCAAGAUGCAAUUGAAUCAAGUAAAAUUUUAAAUAUUACUUUAACAACUAAAAGAAUAGGAGAAAAUAAAAGUAUGGGCAUUCCAAUGUGUGGAUUUCCAACACACUCUUCAGAUAUACAUAUUGAAAAGUUAAUUAAAGUUGGUAAAACUAUUGCAAUUUGUGACCAGGUUGAAGAUGCAAGAGAAGCUAAAAAGAAUGGAAGAGUUAUUAAAAGAGAAGUUGUUAGAGUUAUAACACCAGGAACCAUUUUCGAAGAAAGAUUUUUAAAAUCAUCACAAAACAAUUAUUUAUGUAAUUUUUUACCAGUUAAUUAUCAUCAAAAAGAUUUUAGUAACCAAGUUUUGUAUAAUAACACAUCAAGAUUUUCAAUAUCAUGGUUAGAUCUCAGCACUGGUUACUUUUAUACAACAGAGACAACAUACGACAACUUAUUAUCAGAGCUUACUAGAAUUUCACCCAACGAAAUCUUAUUACCAAAAAGUUUAAUUGAAAAUCCAUCAAUUUCAAAAUUAAUAAAGUCAUUUAAUAUUAGCACAGAAAGUGAUGAAAUAUUCAAGAUUAAAAAUACUUUAUCAAAAUUCAAUGAAACUUAUAAUCUAAAUUUAAAUUAUAAUCAACUAAUCAACAGUAAUGGUUUUUUUGAUGGAACAUCAGAAAGAAAUUUCUCAAUCGAUGAAUUAAAUUCUUCAGGUUCAAUUUUAAAUUAUGUAAUUAAUACUCAAAUGGGAAAUAUACCACAUCUGUAUCCAUUGAAAAAGUUUAGUUCAAGUAAUACAAUGUCAAUUGAUUUUUCAACAAUGCAAUCUUUAGAAAUUAUUAAAACACUUCAAAAUCAAAAAAAAGGUACCAUUUUAGAUUGUUUAGAUAAAACUUUAACAAGUUCUGGUAGUAGAUUAUUAUAUUCAAGAAUACAAUCCCCAAGUUUAAAUAUAAAUGAAAUUAAUAAUAGAUUAAACUUAAUAGAGUUCUUUUAUGAAAAUUUAGAUAUUACAAAAGAGAUAAGAAAAUUAUUAGUAAGAUGUUUAGAUUUAGAAAGAUGUUUACAAAGAGUUUAUAUUUCAAAAGCAGGUCCAAGAGAUUUAUCCGGUAUAGGUUCAACAUUGGCAAUUUCAAUGGAAAUUAAAAGAAUUUUGGAUGAAAGGAUUAAAAAGUUAAAACCAACACCACAAAUUAAUAAUUUGGUAGAGAAUAUAAAUAAUAAAUUAAAUGAUUUUAAACAACUAUUACUUUAUUUAUCAUCAGCUUUAGUUGAUAAUCCGCCAUUCAAUACAUCAGAUGGAAAUUUUAUAGAAAAAGGUUAUUCAAAAGAGUUGGAUAAUACAAUUAAGGCCCGUGACAAUAGUAAAGAGCUAGUUCAAGAGAUUCAAAAAAAAUAUAGAGAUCAAUUAUCAUUACCAUCACUUAAAAUCAAACACAAUCAAAUUAUUGGUUAUUAUUUCGAAAUUCAGUCCACUUUUAAAAACAAAAUUCCAUCAAAUUUUAUUCAUGUUCAAACAUUAUUAUCUCAUAUGAGAUUUAAGUCUGAAGAUCUAUUAAAGUUGGAAGAUGAAAUAAAUAUUUCAGUUUCAAAAGCGUUGGAGAUAGAAAUCGGGUUAUUUAAUCAACUUUGCAAAUUAACUUUAUCGUUUGGUGAUCAAAUUAAAGAAACUAGUGAUGUUUUAUCAAUUAUCGAUGUUUCAACAACUUUGGCAUUAAUUGCAAAAGAAAGACUUUACGUUAAACCAAUCAUCAAUGAGACAAAAUCUUUAAAGGUUAUCAACGGUAGACAUCCAACUGUAGAGUUGGUUACAAAGAAUUUCAUUUCAAAUGAUUUGGUUUUAAAUGAUGACAGCAACAACCAUGAAAAGGAAGAUGAAACAUUACUAUGGUUAAUUACAGGUCCAAAUAUGGGUGGGAAAUCAACAUUUUUACGUCAAAAUGCAAUUAUUAUUUUAAUGGCCCAAAUGGGUUCAUAUGUUCCAGCUGAUUAUGCCGAAAUUGGUAUCGUUGAUCAAAUAUUUAGUCGUGUAGGUUCAAGUGAUGAUUUAUCAAAUGACAGGUCAACAUUCAUGGUAGAAAUGGUUGAAACAGCUCAAAUUUUAAAGAAAGCAACAGAUAAAUCUUUUGUAAUUAUGGACGAGGUGGGAAGAGGAACCAGUACUUUGGAUGGUAUAUCAAUUGCCCAAUCAGUCAUCGAACAUUUGGUUAGUGAUAAUAAAUCUAGAACUUUAUUUGCAACCCAUUACCAUGAAUUAACUAAAAAGCUAAAUCAAGAGCAAGAUCAGUUUAUAUCUAAAAAAAUAAAAAACUAUUGUUGUAUAAUCAAAGAGCACCAAGGAGAAAUUUUAUUCGCUCACAAAAUUAUACCUGGGAUUGCAAAUAAAUCUUAUGGUAUAUAUUGUGCAAAAUUGGCAAAUUUACCUGAAAAGGUUUUAAAUAGAGCAAAUUCAAUUUUAACAAAUUUAGAAAACAACAAUAAACUAUUCUAA